CGCCUGGCGGAGACGCGCUCCACUGGGCUGCGGGUCCGGGCGGCGGAGAGCGGGCAGCGGGCAGCGGGCAGCGGGCAGCGGGCAGCGGGCAGCGGGCAGCGGGCAGCGGGCAGCGGGCGAGGGAGCCGUCCCUCCUGCAGCCAUGUACGCGGGACGGAAGCGGAGGAAACCGGUGCAGAGGAGUGUGAAGCCGGUGAAUGUUGAUGGAAUCAGGUCCAAUCCGUCAAAGAGGCACCGGGACCGGUUAAACUCUGAAUUGGAACGCCUUGCGGGCUUGCUCCCUUUUGCCGAAGAUGUGACCUCCAGCCUGGACAAACUCUCUAUCCUCCGCCUGAGUGUCAGCUACUUGCGAUCCAAAACUUUCUUCCGGGUUGCCUUCAAGAACCACAGCUGUAACAAGAUAGCCGAUGGAUAUGGUAACCAUGGAAAUGGGAAGAUGCCUGGUUUGGUGGAUGGAAUUCUACCAGAGGGAGAACUUUUACUGCAGGCUCUGAAUGGAUUUGUACUGGUUGUCACAGCAGAUGGGGUUAUAUUCUAUGUCUCUCCGACAGUCCAGGACUAUCUGGGAUUUCACCAGACUGAUGUCAUGCACCAGAGUGUGUUCGAGCUGAUUCACGUCGAAGACCAGCAAGAAUUCCGCCGGAACCUUCACUGGGCCUUGAAUCCACCGGCCGUGAACAAGGCAGACAAAGGUCGGCCAGGUGAACGGGUUGCAUCUACAUCUGUAAUUCCCUACGGUCCUGAGCAGCUACCACCAGAAAACACAUCAUUCUUUGAGAGGAACUUCAUCUGCCAGUUUCGCUGUUUGUUGGAUAAUUCAUCUGGCUUUGUGGCUCUCAACCUCCAGGGACGGCUGAGGUUCCUCCAUGGACAGAACAGGAAGGCUGAGGACGGAACUCCCAUCCCACCGCAACUGGCUCUCUUUGCCCUGGCUGCUCCCCUCCAGUCCUCCUCCAUCCUGGAGGUGCGGACCAAGAACAUGAUCUUCAGAACCAAACACAAGUUAGACUUCACACCACUUGCCUGUGAUGCCAAAGGGAAGAUUGUUCUGGGAUACACAGAGGCUGAACUCCGGGCACGAGGGACCGGAUACCAGUUCAUCCAUGCAGCUGAUAUGUUGCAUUGUGCGGAAAAUCACGUCCGGAUGAUUAAAACUGGCGAGAGUGGCCUGACUGUGUUCCGACUGCUGACCAAGAACAACCGCUGGGCCUGGGUGCAAGCAAAUGCCAGGCUGGUGUACAAGAAUGGAAAGCCAGACUACAUCAUUGCAACACAGAGGCCUCUGGUCGAUGAGGAGGGAGGGGAGGAACUCCGUAAACGCACCCAGCACCAGCCCUUCAACUUUGCCACGGGAGAGGCGCUGCUCUACCAGAUAACCACCUCCUCAAAUCCAGGGCACUCACAUCUGCACCAGGCCAAGGGGAAGAGCAGCGGGGGGAGGAAGAACACCUCGGGCAAAAUCGAGAAGCACCAAAAAUCGGUGGACCCCAGCUCGCUUCUGGGCGCCAUGAUGCAGCAGGACGAGUCUGUGUACGUCUGCCACCCGGCCUCUGAGCCCAGGUAUCCUCUCAGCGGCGGCUCCUUCAGCGAAGCCGCUGACUCUGGGGACACUACUGGGUGCAACUGGCAGCUGGUUCCUGGUGAAGCAGGACAGCCAGAGGGCAACGAGAGGACACUCGAUCCCUUGCUGGCCACCUUGGACUCCCUCAACCUGGUGGCUGAGGACAACUGCUUGAACAGCGACUUGUUCAGUGCGCUCGAAAAUCUCGGACUCGGGGCGGAUGACUUGGAGCUCCUCCUGUUCGAUGAGCGGAUGGUGAGGGUGGAAACAGACCCUGACUACGUCCCCACGUUAAAUGACAUCAUGACAAAUGGUGAGAUUUUGUCCUACAUCCACGACUCGAUGGUGACCAACAACGAUCAGGAACUCUCAGGAAACGGGCAGCCAUAUCCUUUGUCGAACUUUCCCCAAGCUUCAAACAUGGACCCCACAGUCUCAGGGAAAGAAUCUCUGUCUUCCUCCCAAGAUGUUCUUCGACACCACCCUCCACUGCUGAUGCAGCAUCAAGCCCUGUCACAACCCCACCAGAACGAUCAGCUUUGGAACCAACACUCGUUGCCCUGCCAUGCACCCCGAUCUCUAGGCGAACCCACGCCUCCGCUGCUGAAAGUGCGACUGCACACGGAGUGCCAGUUUGAACCGCCAACCACAGAGCAGGUUGUUGUCAAUGGCGUGCAUUCCCUCCAUCUAGCAGACCCCCAGCCAAGGGAUGGUCACCGGUGGCGAAACUAUGUCUGCCCACCUACAGCUGUUGAGUCUGUUCCUUACAAGCUGGAUCCCUUUCAUGGCUAUGGUAUUGGACAAAAUGUGGAUUCCUAUCAGCAGCCUGUGCCAUCGUCUCUUGCCCCCACUCAAGUUGGCCAGGAAAUGGGUUACCACAUGGGUGGGACACCUUACGUGGAGUUAACAAUGACUGGUGAUAGUCAGUACCGCAGCUUCCUCACCAACUCCUCCACUUUUCAGGCUUUGUCACAGAAGCAGCCGGCACAAGGAACUCCACUCUGCCAGCACCCGCUGUCGAAUCCUUCCACUGCCCACUUUGUAGAACAUUGUCCAGAGCUGCAGCCUACGGUGGACCUGCAUGGAUUGUUUCCACCAUCCCUUGCUCAGGAUGGGUCCCAAAAGGGGGAGAACUGUGUUCCAAGCACCAUCGAUGUGGCAUAUCCUGAUGCCUGUGUCCAUCCUGGUGGAAACGAAAUGUCUUCAGACAAAAGACAGCCCUACACGGACGUUUUUGCAAACCCUCCAACGUCUGGCUAUUACAUUCAAUGACUUCCCACCAAGUGGUCAUUCCAGGGUCACCACAAGGACCACGUGCAGCAACGGAAGAUUUCUGAAGCAAACUAAAGUACUGCUGCUCUGAACUAUUGUCCAUGUAAUCCCCUUGUUUUCUUUGUUAAUGAGGGGAUGGGUUUACCGUUGAGUGUGUACUCUGCUUAAAACAAUUUUAAGGUGCUAAUUACAGAGUAGAAUGAGCUGGGCGAUUUUCAUGUAAACAUAAAUGCAGGCUGCAGUGUGAAUUGCCUUCUAAACCUGUUGCGUAGUCUACCCUUGUGUUGAUUAGAGUCAUUCAGAAUGACUGAGGAUGUGAAAGAUGGCGACAGGUUUCUGCUGUCUCAGCUGCCAUGAAUAGGAAACAGCCUCAUUUCUGAUCAUUGUCCCGUUUUAAACCAGCCAGUGGGUUGUCUCUUUCCCUUUGGUGAACAAGGUGCCUGCAGGUCAGUGAGGUCGUGAAGAAGUGUCAACGUUUAACAUUGGGGAGAAAAUUAUUUUCAGUCAGACCAAGAUCAGUGCUUUGAUAUCUUCAACAACAUGACAUCAGACACAUCAUACUUCACAUGUGUCAAUAGAGUUGCAACUUCACAAGUAUUUAAACUUUUUAAUUUGAGACUUUCAUGUAGUUGUUGCUUCAAACUGACAUUUAAGAAAAUCAACACGAUUCUGAAACUCAAACCUGAGAAUAGAGCCUCGGUUGAAAUAAUUCUUGAGGAAAGAUGUAAAAGGUUCUAGUGGGACAUUGUCUUCCGUCCUGGGCUGGGAAUGGAGAAAAGAACAAUUAGCUUUGGAGGAAUUCCACACAGAUUGAUCAGAAUGAUGAUGGGGCUCAAAUUAUUACGUUGUAGGCAUAAGUAAUAAGUAUUUUAUUAAGGAGAGAAGACAUGGGGUGAUGUAAUCAGGUCUCUAUGAAACGUGGAGCAGGUGAUUGUGUUAAUCUUGAAGAAUUAUUCAAGUCCAGGACAAUUGAAAGUAGAUCAUUCCGGUGACAUAUCCCUUCACACAAUUUUCCUGGAAGCUGUUGCUGGCUUUCACAAAUUAGACCGAUGAACCAUUUCAAGGCAAAGGGUCCAUGGAACUGAGAUAUGGAUCAGCUGAAGUCUCACUGAGCGACAGAGUGAGGUUAAUAGCUGAAAUGAGGAGGAAGAGAUACAGAAAAUUCUGAGUGUUCAAUGGCGUACACCCAUGUAUCUAUCUGACUUGGACAAUGAGGGUGGAAGAGAUUGAAUUGAACUGAAGCCCAAGGAUUCAAUAAAUUAGAAGAAGCUUGCACACAAUGAAUGGCAGGAUAUUCUAUACUGGAACAAUUGAGGUCGAGAUGAACUGCACCUUUGAAAAAGAUCUUGUUAUGAUUGGAAUUGCUGGAUCAAAGAAUGGAUAUCAAUUGAACAGAUAUUCCAAUAAAGGUAAUAAAUCAUGUGUGGAUGGGGAGGAGUAUUAGGAAUAUUGUCCACACAAGGGGUCAGUGGUGGAAUAAAGUAGAAUAGUGGAACUUCCUGUUUAUCUGUGAACGUCUGAGAGUCUUUGGGGAAAAUUUGUUUCCUCCCAGGAAUAUGGUGAUGGUUCAAAUAAUUUCUGGCAGAUGAUGAAUUGACGUAUCAAAUUCACCUUGAUUUCAAGUUUCACUUUAUAGUGGUCUCUAACCAGACUUUGAUGUCUGAAGAAGUGUCCCGACCAAAUAUUACCCAUCCUUUUUCUCCAGAGCUGUUGUCUGACCCUCUGAGUUACUCCAGCACUUUACGUCUAUUUCUGAUGCCAUUACAGAAUUACCAGAGUCAGUGCGCACUGUAAUAAAAUGAUCUCUCCCCUCAAUUUCUCUGAUUGUAAUUAAGAGACUGAGAUGAUCGACCCCAAUUGGGGAGGAGUUUUGACCAACGUGAGAGAGGAAGAAUUGUCAUCCCCUGAUCAUCUUUGAGUGAUGCUGGCCGGAAGGUCUGCAUGUCUGGACAUGGGAUAUGGAGAGAGUGGUUUUGCCAGAGUAUAUCAGCCAAGUCUAGGUUAUAAGGUUGGGUUUGAUCAUGCCAUGACAGUUGGAAAACAUGAUAGUGUGCAUAGUCCUGAGCAAAAGACAGAGUGGAAUAUUGACAGCACUUGGACAGAUAGGACUUCACAGUUUGGUUGUAGCCAGUGGUUGCAAAAGGUAGGAGGCAUUGUCUAAUAAAUACGAUCAUUAUUUGUUCACCCAGGGAAACAUAUUUGGAGUGAAGCCCAAAAUACAAUAGCAAUGCUAUGUUAUUUCUGGAAUGAAUGUAAAAUCAUUUCUAUAUUUUGCCCAUAUACUUUCAUGAUUGAAAAUUCAUAAAGUAAUUUUUUUUGUCAACAUUCUGCUGCCUCUGGAACUGACUUUUUAGAGGUACUUUUGUGGGGCUGAUGGAAAAUUAAUGUUUUUGAUACUGAGUGUCCAGUUCAUGGGUUCCCAAUUGCAAGGGCUGAAGAUUGCACCAUACAGCACAGAAACAGGCCCUUCGGCCCAACCUAUCCAAGCCGAACAAGGUGGCUAACUGAGCGAGUCUCACUUGCCUGCCAAUAUCCCACCAAAACUUUCCUAUCUACCUACUAACUGACCUGUUUUCAUGCUGUAUCUCCAAACUAAGCACAAUCCCGUCCACUUAUUUAACCUUUCUCCUAACAAUUUGUCACUUUGAAUGAACUACGCACUAUUCUUGUACCAUUUUAGUGGUGUGCCCUGUACGUUGCCUCUUCCUAUUCUUCCUGCCAAAGUGGAACACUUCAUCUAUCUCAGUAUUGACUUCCAUUGCCAUCUCUGCCCAGUCCUGAAGUGUCUUACCCUCCUGCCCACAGAUGGUCACGACUGCCGGUUUUGGCCAUGUCCUCCAACACAUGUUGUAGCCGUCUUUAGCCUGGCCAAUAGUCAGCUAAUUACGAGUAACCUUGAACCACUGAGCUGUGGGGUAGAAAGAUUUACAAGAGUACCUGUGCUUGCUGAAUGUUUGAAACUCCCUAUAAAGUGAAGGCAUGAAGACCUGGGGAAAGGACAGUGUCAGUCCUGUGGGGUGCAUCACCUUUGUGGAGAACUUCUGACCCAGAUCUCCAGCAACAACAAUUCCACUUUUACAUCACUAUCAAUGUUGCAAAAAGAACAUUGAAAACUUUGGGGCAACAUAAUGACACAGCUGAUAGAGCUACUGCCUCGCAGCUCCAGAUACUUCGGUUCAAUCCUGAUCUCACGUACUGUCUGUGUGGAGUUUGCAAACUUCUCUGUAACCACGUGGAUUUCCUCCGGGUGCUCUAGUUUCCUCCCACAUCCCAAAAAUGUAGUUUAUUGUCUGCUGUAAAUUGCCCCUAGAGUGGUAGAAUGUACAGAGUAGUAGAUGGAAAUGUGAGGAGAAUAAAAUAGAGGUUAAUGUAGUUUUGGUGUAAAUGGGUGGUUGAUGGUUAGCACAGAUCUGGUAAGCUGAAGGGCCUGUUUCUGUGUUGUGGGAUUCUAUAACACUUCGCAGUUAUAGAAGGUAGGAGGCAUUAUCAUCAAAAUGUCAAAUUACAAAGAAAAAUACCCACUGAAAGUGCUUAGCUCAGGUGGGGCUCUAUAAGAACACCCUAAAGGAAGAGCAAGGACGUUUAGGAAGAAUUCGGGGCUUGGCAACUGAAGGCUGCUGUCAGUUGUGACUCCAUUAGAAUAGAGGGAGGAGUGAGAUCAAAGCAAGAGGCCAGAGUUGACUGCUUAGGCCAAGUUUGAAUCUCAAUAACAGCAAUCAACCUCCUGGGUGAGGGUAGAGGAAUUGGGAGAGGUGGAACAAAUGGUUGUUUUACACUUAUAUUUUAAGCAACAAGGACAAUCAGUAAAUGACUGUGAUGACAAUCAGUAUUGAAGCCUAACAUUACAACAUAAAUAUACAAUCUAUACUUGCAUAUUAUAUAUACAUAUAUAUUUUGUAAAUAGUGUAAUGUGUAAUUUCUAGAAAUACAUUGAGCACACCUUGAACCAAUGCUUUAUUGGACACAGAUGUAGGUCAGUUUUGUUUUUUUUACUGUCCAAUGAUAAUUUGUUGUAGUUUGACUAUACUAUAUGCUUAGCAUUUUAAUUGUCACUAAUUCUGAUGUGUCCAUUGGUGCCAUAACAUUCACACCUUGUUUUUGAAACUGAUGGUCCCACUCUUAUUUAUUGUUUUCAUUUAGGAGUCAAGAUAUUUUAUAUCUGUUGAAUUUAAAUUUGUCGUUUCGUAGCCAUCUCACGUUUAUUUGAUUAUUAACGUGCGAACACUUUGAAGAAUAAAAACAGUGAUUUGUUGUAUGAUUGCAAUCUGUAUGUUGCCUGUUGAUAUGUAAUCUUUGUUCUCCACAAUAAAGAGAUUGUGCCGUCACUUCACAGUGUUGUUCACACAAAAGAAA